UGGGCUGGCUGGGACCGUUAGCUCGCCAGGCUGGCAGGCUCCGGGCCCUCCUCCGCUGGCCGUCGGGAUGGAGACGAUGCGAGCACAACGACUGCAGCCCGGAGUGGGCACCAGCGGAAGGGGGACUCUUCGAGCGCUGCGCCCCGGGGUGACUGGGGCCGCGGCCACCGCCGCCACACCCCCAGCGGGCCCCCCGCCGGCCCCACCGCCCCCGGCACCGCCCCCGCCGCCGCUCCUCCUGUCCGGGGCCCCCGGAAUGCCCCUGCCGCCCGGCGCCGCCGGCAGCCCCGCGGUGCUGCGCGAGGCGGUGGAGGCCGUGGUGAGGAGCUUCGCCAAGCACACGCAGGGCUACGGCCGAGUGAAUGUGGUGGAGGCGCUUCAGGAAUUCUGGCAGAUGAAACAGUCCCGUGGGGCUGACUUGAAAAAUGGAGCUCUAGUGGUUUAUGAGAUGGUUCCCUCCAACAGCCCUCCCUAUGUCUGCUAUGUCACCCUACCUGGGGGAAGUUGCUUUGGGAGUUUCCAGUUUUGCCCCACAAAAGCGGAGGCCAGGAGGAGUGCUGCAAAGAUUGCAUUAAUGAACUCUGUGUUUAAUGAACAUCCUUCCCGAAGAAUCACUGAUGAGUUCAUUGAGAAGAGUGUCUCUGAGGCCCUGGCAUCUUUCAAUGGCAACAGGGAGGAAGCUGACAACCCAAAUACAGGCAUUGGUGCCUUCCGAUUUAUGUUAGAAUCCAACAAGGGCAAGUCAAUGUUGGAGUUCCAGGAGCUAAUGACAGUGUUUCAACUGUUGCACUGGAAUGGCAGCCUUAAGGCCAUGAGGGAAAGACAGUGCUCUCGGCAGGAGGUGUUGGCUCAUUAUUCCCACCGAGCCCUAGAUGACGAUAUUCGCCACCAAAUGGCCUUGGACUGGGUGAGCCGGGAGCAGAGUGUGCCCGGGGCACUUUCUAGAGAGCUGGCCUCCACUGAACGGGAAUUGGAUGAAGCCCGGCUGGCAGGCAAGGAGCUGCGCUUCCACAAGGAGAAGAAAGAUAUUCUCAUGCUGGCUGCUGGGCAGUUGGGCAAUAUGCAUUCUUCCAACUGCUAGGCAUCUACCUUCAUACUCCCUCUCCUUUCUCCUUUCCUGGACCUUUUUUGUAUGUCUCCUCUCUAAGACUUAGGAUGAUUUCUGUACAUACUUACUCAAUUUUAUACUUUAAAAUAUAUAUAUAUAUGUAUAAACCACACCUGGAUUCCCAUUUGCUAGGAGAUCUCUUUUCUAACUUCCAGGUUUGGGGACCUCUCCAUUCACUUUAUGAGAAAGAGCAGGCUGUCUUUGGAGCUUGUACACUUCCAGAUUAAUUCUGUAUAGUCAUUUCACUAACAC